AUGGCGAGCUACACGUUUGGCGAUGCUCCCACCGGGAUGUUGGAGGUGCAUUCCAUUCCUUCGUCAUGGUCAAAGCAAACGACCACGGUGGACGCCGAUACACAAACCUCAGCUGUGCUGAGACAAGAUGCUGCGGCUACCACGACGAGCUGCGAUCGCCGCAGUCAACAGGUCCACUGCUGGGUGCAACAGGUGCAAACAGACGCAGCAACCGAGCCGGAUGAUGUUUCACAGCAAGUUUUUCGCUUUCAAGGCAGUGAUGAUUCACCGGAAGUCCUACAGUUCCUACGAGCCACCGUUCCCCGUAUGCUUCAAAACCUGCAGCGCAACGCUCAGUCAUAUGCCUUUGAUGGAUACAGAGUGGAGUCGGAAGCAGAUUCUCGGGACACCAAAGUGGAGAUGGAUCUGAGUGAUUUACGCUUUGGCCGAGAGGAGCAAUGUCUUGCCGUAGACUUUUGCUCCACAGGCGGUGUGGUGGCGGUUGCUUAUGGCCGAACCGAUUACGAAGACUGGUGGACUCAAACUUCAAAUAUUUGCUUGUGGAGCCUGGAUCGCCAGAUCAAUGUACACAAGGCUUCACAGACACUUGAACUGCGGUCGUGCGCAAGCUGUCUGGCUUUCCAUCCCGAGCGCCCGGCUUGGUUGGCUGCCGGGCUGCUGAUUGGAGACAUUGUGCUCAUGGACACGGGUCGACAAGGUGGUGGCUUUAUCAUGGCUACCUCCAACUUUGAUGACUCCCAUUGUGAGCCGGUAGCGGCCCUACGAUGGCUCUCACCAGGCGGUGAUCUAGUCUCCUCUGUUCGAGGUGGGCGUAAGUCCGAGCCACAGCUGCUAAGUGCAGCACCAGAUGGCGUCAUUACUCGCUGGAGCAUUGUCAAGCAAAAGAACCAAAACUUUCUCGACACGACGCAGCGCGAUGAAGUUGACGAAGAGCUUUAUGGGGCUGCCGAAACACACGUCAUGACCCGUCUCCAAAAAUUCUCGCUAACGCUGCAAGACGUACCUCGCUACCACUUGGCGUCUACACGUGUGGCUCGUACCACGGCCUACGGCAGUGAGUCAGAUGGCAGUCCUCUCACCGCCUACCUCAUGGAUCGCAAUGUCCCAGUUACGGCCUUGGCGCAAGCUUAUGACCAGCUUGAGGAUGGCGUGGUUGCAAGCGAGUCUGGCUAUCUUGUGCGCGUAGUGCUGGAGCGCAACGAUGAUGCCCCUACCACCGAAGUCUCGCCGGCCGUCUUCUCCUACCAACCUCACUUAGGACCUUGCUAUGCCGUCGCCACCUGCCCCUUUGUGCACAAGCUGUUUCUCACCGCCUCCACCGAUGGUACUGCCCACAUCUACUCGCGCUUCCAGGCAGAGCCAAUUCUCCGGUUUGCGCCACAGUGCGGCGCCUUGUUAGCGGCUGCGUGGCUCGCAGGACAUCCGGGCAUGUUCGUCGUUGGUACUGAGGACGGCCAUCUUUUGGUGUAUGACCUCAUGGUAAGCACUGCGGCUUGCAUCACCAGUAUCUUCUUCUUCUGCUCCCCUCGUUGUGCCUUGGCCCCCCGUGGUUCCCUGACUCAAACGUGUCUGGCUUUUCGGUGGAUGUUAAUUUGCCCUUCCAUUCUCUCUCUCUCUCUCUCUCUCUCUCUCUCUCUCUCUCUCUCUCUCUCUCUCUUUCUCUCUCUUUCUCUCUCUCUCUCUCGUUCUCUUUCACUGUAA